UGGGGUACCAUUCAGCAAUGAAUAUAGUUUGAAGGAAUUGUCAGGAACAGCAAAUUUGAUGACUGCAAGUGACUCACAGCAGGCCCAGAAACCAGUGUCCCCACCUGGAGAAACACGUGCCUUUGGAAAGCACACUAGACAAAAAUCAGAACUCAGGAGAAAGGAGAUGGACGUGGAGAUGUACAGCCAAGAAGAAAGAAAGAGCCAUGUGCACCAAGAGGUCAACGAACCCGAGGAUGAUGACUACCUUUAUUGUGAGAAGUGUCAGAACUUCUUCAUCGACAGCUGCGCUGUGCAUGGGCCCCCUGCAUUUGUAAAGGACCGUGCAGUGGACAAGGGGCAUCCCCACCGCUCAGCCCUCACCCUGCCCCCUGGGUUGAGAAUCGGGCCAUCCUGCAUCCCUGAGGCUGGGCUUGGAGUGUGGAAUGAGGCAGCUGAUUUGCCUGUGGGUCUGCACUUUGGCCCUUAUGAAGGACACAUCACAGAAGAUGAGGAGGCAGCCAAGAGCAGAUACUCCUGGCUGAUCGCCAAAGGGAGAAACUGCUAUGAGUAUGUGGAUGGAAAGGACAGGUCCUGGGCCAACUGGAUGAGGUUUGUGAACUGUGCCCGGGACGAUGAAGAGCAGAACCUGGUGGCCUUUCAAUACCACGGGCAGAUUUUCUACCGAACCUGCCAGGUCGUCAGGCCGGGCUGUGAGCUGCUGGUCUGGUGUGGGGACGAGUAUGGCCAGGAGCUGGGCAGCAAGUGGGGCAGCAAGUGGAAGAGAGAGCUCAUGGCCGGAAGAGGCAUUGAUUAUUUUUUAAAGAUUUUUGCCCUGGCUGGUGUGGCUCAGUGGAUUGAGCACCGGCCUGUGAACCAAAGGAUCACCAGUUUGAUUCCCAAUCAGGACACAGGCCUGGAUUUCAGGCCAGGUCCCCAGUAGGGAACAUGUGAGGCAACCACACAUUUAUAUUUCUCUCCUCCUUCCCUCCCUUCCUCCUUUUCUGAAAAUAAAUAAAUAAAUCAGAUAUA